GAUUGAGCUCAGCUUGCUAAUUUCAGGUUUUAUUUUCGCUUUUUUUCGUCAUAAUUCGUGAUAAUUUAUCACGUCGACCAUUUUUAUUAAUUUAAAUAACCUUUUCGAGCGAUUUCGAUGUUUAAAAGUUGUUUUUGUAAAGUUUGUAUCAGUUAGAAUAAAAUGAAAUUUUAUUCAACUCUGUCCAUAUUUAAAUAUUCAUGGGAUCAAGUGGCCGUGGGUUUCUGGUCUAGGUACCCAAAUCCUUACAGCAUGCAUGUUCUGACAGAAGAUGUAAUAGACCAGCGGGUGCUAUCCUGUGGUUCACUGCUCACUAAACGCCUAAUCACUAAAACGAACAGCAUACCAAAGUGGGGUGAAAAGUUUAUUCCAGGGCCCAAACAUGUCUGUGUACUUGAGGAGUCAAUUGUUGAUCCCCAGACAAAAACCAUGAAGACAUAUACUAGAAAUUUAGGGUACACCUCUAUAAUGACAGUUGAAGAAGAAUGCACAUACAAGCCAUCAGAGGAGAAUGAGGGCUGGACAGUCUGCCAGAGACACGCGACAGUCAACAGCAAAGUGAAAGGCUUCUCCUACUGUCUACAAACAUUCGGCAUCGAACGGUUCAAAAAAAAUGUCACGAAAUCUGUCAAAGGAUUUAACUUUGUCUUGAAUAAGUUAUAUCCUGGCAUGCCUGAAGCCUACUUGACUAAAAAACAGAAACUGAAGCAAACAGCUGAGGCAGCUAAGAAAAUUGCUUCAUCUGUCAUUGCUACUAAUUGAAUUUUCAACCUAGUGUUUAUAACAAAAAAAUAUGCACAUAUACACAAGUACAUAUAUUUGCAUACAUAUAUAUAAAUAUAUAUGUGCGUGUGUUUUUUGUGUGUGCAUAUAUGCAGCUACAUGUGUGUAUAAUACCACCAUAAGUUUUCUGUACUGUUUGAAAAAUAGUACUCCAUAUACUAUGAUAAUUAUGUUUAAGGGUUUUUUUCGUUUGGGUAUAAGAGUUAAUUAUUUUAUACUUACAUCAUAUUAUUUUCAAAUAUACUAUAUAUCAUUUAUUUUUCAUCCAUUGCUAAAAUAAUAAGCAAUGAUCUUGUGAGGCAAGCAAAUGAAUGAAUAAUCACCACUACGAAACAAUAAAUAUCACUUUUAUCAUCAUAAUUAUUAUUAUUAAUUAUAUUAUUUAUAUGAUAAUUAUAAGACAAUAAUAACGAUGAUCAUUUUAUUAUCAUCAACAGCAAGAAAAUCUUCCAUACUCAGGCAAUGAUGAGACCAAAAAAAAUUGUUUAUUCUUCUUCAUUUGAGGUGAUAGGUAGAAAAAUCAAAGAAGAAUGUAUCUGUAAACUUUUAAAAUUUGAAAAGUGUAAAAAUAGUACAUUUUUAAAACCCUCACACAGUACAGUAUAGCAAAGUAUAGAGGGUAUAGUGCAUAUAUAUAUAAAAAACAACAUCUGCCUUAUUAAAAAAUUUCUUAUUACAUUUUGAAGAUCCUAAAAGUUAAAGCUAGUAAAUGAAAAAACAUUGUCAUCAGACAAA